UACGUCUUUAAAGUAGGUAGUGACUACCUGUAGGCGUGUGUUUUUCUUACAUACAUAGCCGUAGUAAAUAAAUAAAUAACUACGCACGUUGAGUUUGAUCCUAUGACUAGCAUGUCAAAUGAUGCAGUGCGCACCAUCACACCGGAUCAGGAGCUUUGUGUGCUAAAAUUAAUUCUCAGCUUGCGAAAUCUGUGUGACAUUGAAGCGAGCGAGAAGCUCCGAACAAGCGUGCGGAAGGCCCUGUUGCGGAGCGAGAGCGACCAUGAUGCAAGUAUUGAGGUGGAGGGGGCCGUUCGUCGUGCGAGGAAAGUGGAGAGCAAACUCGACGGCAGCUAUGAUAGGGCACGCGAACGAAAGCGUCUGAAGCGCGAGGAGGAGCGUGCGCGUGCAUAUAGGUAUGUGGACGCUGAGGCUGAAUCAGGUGACGAUAGUGAAGGUACAGAUGAAGAGCAAGAGGUGGUGUCGUAAUGGAAAAGAUUGCACACACGACGCUUUGUACUCCUUGCGCUAGGUGUCGUAGUUCCCCUACAUAAAUAGAUUUUUGGUCAAGAAAAGCAGACACCCUAGGGGGUGCAAUGAGAGCAUCUCCUUCUAUUUGUUUAUCUUUUCUAAUUUAUGAA